CUUCCGGUGUGAAUGGAACGUACUUAUUAUCCCAAAUAGUGCAGAUAGUUGAAGGUAAGACUGCAUUAUACGACUUUUUAAUGACAUUGACUAUCAUCAUACGCUAAAUCAGACCCCUGUGAAAAAGCUCGACCUCCUUAGCUGCAGGAAUGGCGCUCUAAGAUGAAGGAAAAGCCAAAGGCCCCCUACAUUAAAGUGGAAGAUGAGGAGCUAGAGGCUCCCCACAUUAAGGUGGAAGAGGAGGAGGCAGAGACCCGCCACAUUAAGGUGGAAGAGGAGGCACACAGCAUCAGUCAAGGCCGAGAGAAGGUCCCAGUGGUUGGUGUCCCUGUGAAGAGUGAAGAUGACCAAGUCAAAGAAGUCUGUAAAGAAAAGCUUACCCCCCCUGAGCUGCAAAAGUGGAGCUCAAAAGUGGAGCAUGAGGAGCCUCAGCCCCCCCUUAUUAAAGUGGAAGAGGAGGAGACAGAGGCCCCCCUCCACAUUAAAGUGGAAGACUGCAUCAGUCAAGGCCUGGAGAAGUUUCCGGUGAUUGGUGUCCCUGUGAAGGGUGAAGGUGAGGAGGUUAAAGGUGAACGUGAGGGAAAGAGCGAGGUGGAGACAACAGAAUCUGAGGGAGACCACUGUGGAAGAGCUCAGGCAGAGACCUUGUCGCACUCUACUGGCGCUGACGACGAAGACUUAAAAGCUGACAAGACUCGCUUCAAAUGCUCUCAGUGCGACAAAAGCUUUCGCCGGCGGUGUCAUCAGCGAAGACACACGAAAACACACACCGGAGAGAAACCAUUUCGCUGUUCAGUGUGCAACAAAUGUUUUGUAAGGAAAGACGAGUGUAAGAUCCACGUGGAAAAACACACCGGGGGAUUAUCGUUUUCCUGUUCAGCCUGUGGUAAAAGUUUUGCGCACAGAAGCAAACUAAAAAGACACAUGAAAACGCACUCUGGGAAGAAACCAUAUACAUGUUCAUUCUGCGGUCAGGAAUUCAGUGCAAAGCAGACCUUGAAAACACACAGAAGAAAACACACUGGAGAGAAACCCUUCUCCUGUUCAAUCUGCGGUAGAGGUUUUGCACGGAAUUCGCACUUGGUAAGACACGCGCAAAUACACACCGAAGAGAAACCUUUUUGCUGUUCAGUCUGCGGUGUGGGCUUCAGAAGAAAACAUUAUUUGCUCCAACACAUGAGAACACACACGGGUGAGAAAGUGUUCAGUUGCGGUGUGUGCAAUGCAGGGUUCUCUUAUAAGUACCAGGCUAACAACCACAAGUGUGCAGGAGCAGUGGGGGGGGGGGGGAAGCUGUGUGACUUUAAAUAAGCUGUAAAGACUGUGAAAACAUAAUGCAGGGGUCUCCAGAUACGGUCCGCCAGCGUCCAAAAUCCGGCCGCGGUUAGUCUUUAGUUAAAAAAAAUAAAUAUAUAUAUAUAUUGUUGCGUUUUGGACCAGUUGUUCCUCCCAGGGAAUUCAAGUCACAAUUCGCUCCCAAGCUCUUUACGACACUUAAAAGCUGAGUUGAAAAACCACCAGAGACAGAAUAGGUAUUUUGUUGUAUAUUUUCAAAGCUUUGCCAAUAUACAUUUUGAGACCAGUCUAACCCUAGAACGUUCUAUCGCGCCUCCUCCCAAAAUGGUCUGUCUUCCCAACGCCAAAAACCCCUCUUUCCUUCCCCCUCCCUAGCCAUAAUACAAGCACAACGUCUCCCUAGCCAUAAUGCAUUCCAAAGAACUCAAGGUUAACACACACAGUAUACUUGCUGACAGAGCAUCAAGAGAAGAAAUGGAAAACACGAGCUGUUUUCAAAUAUGACUAAGAAAUGAAAGAAGUACAACUUAAAUUCGGAUAUAUGUAAAUAUCUGCCUCCGACAAUAUAUAUAUAUAUAUAUAUAUAUAUAUAUGUAUGUGUGGGGAAAAAAAUCA